CACAGGUAUGAUAAAUAUAUAUAUCUUUUUGGUUAGUAGUUAUAUCUGCUGCUGACUGAACGCUGAUACGAUGCACCAUGGCUUUCCACCAAAGCACGCGUCAAAACCAUGCAGCUUCGUCUAGUACUGCUAAGCCCAGUCCGAUCAUCAUUGGACCAAGUGCAAACAAUUCGAACUACAACUCCAGCAGGUCUCCUUCCCCUAGGAGUGUCCGAAAUGGUGGAGACGACGGAGCUGAAACUAAAGUGACAAGGAAGAAACGGCGAGGCCUUUUAGCACAAUACUACGGAGAUGCAUCGCCAAGUCCCGACGUUCGUAAAGCGAAAGAGCGUAUCGAUCCGUUGGACGUGGACGGGCCCGACUUCGAUCCUGAUAUGUACUUGAAGAAGAUCCUAUACGAGAGCACUGUCAGCCAACUAGCAGAUACGGAGAAUAUGUUUGUCAAUGAGAUACGAUCUUUGGACAGUGAUGUACAGACACUGGUGUACGAAAAUUACAACAAGUUCAUCAGCGCGACGGAUACAAUCAGACAGAUGAAAGGCAAGUUUGAACUGAUGGAGACCGAAAUGAUCAAUGUGCAGGAGAACAUGGACUCCAUCAUGGAUCUCAGGGAAACUAUACACUCAACACUCGACACAAACCGACGAUCGCUCUCACAACUCAGUGGCGUACAUCUACUGUUAAAAAAACUCCAAUUUUUAUUUGAGCUGCCUUCGAGAUUGAAGCGAUGCGUGGAGAUCAAAGCGUAUAGGCAAGCCGUCAGGUACUAUUCCAAAUCUCAUGCCAUCCUGGGCCGCUACGAACACUUGCCCUCAUUCCAGGGUAUCCGGUCGGAGUGCAACCUAUCUAUUACAAAUUUAAUAGCGCUAUUACAAGAGCGGCUUUUGGACCCUACGUUAAUAUCAUAUGCUGAGCUGUCAGAAUCUUUCGAGCUGCUGGUCGUGCUAGAAGAAGGAACAAUUGAUGAGCUCUCAACAAGUUUCCUAAAGCGUACCGAUGAAUGGUUAGCAGUCUAUGUGAAGACUAUGGAGACUAAGCUGGAGAACCUAAGUUCAGAAGACGCAGCGAAGCCGGAAGAGUUCCUCGAUUUCUGCAACACUCGCUACCUGCACGCUGUUAAGGAAUUUAUUCGAGAAUACGUCAAAAUAUUUCUCAGACCAGUCGACACGAAUAUAUAUAGUGGCAAUGCAAAAUCUACAAAUAUGGAACGGCAGAGUUCUGUAGGCGCUGUGACGACACUAACAGCCGAUGGUGAAGUGGCGAAUGUUGUUUCUCAGAAAGAUCUGCGACUUAAACUAUUCAAUGGGGUACAGAAGCACAUGUCAACCUACAUGGAACUGGUCCGCAGAAUGUUGACGAGUGAGACUCAGAUGACCGACGCAGUGUAUGUAGUGUGCGUAUAUCGCUUGCACGUGCACUCGUCUGAGGUGGAUGCCAUAUACCCGGAAGCGGGUGUGCAUCGCAUAUCCGAGAAGUACACUCGAAUUGUCCUCGAGAACCGUAUGCACAACUUCAGGUCUGAAUUCAUGCGAGCAUUGGACAAGCACCUGAUGCGGCUCAGCAAGCGCGUGUCGUCAGAGCACAUGGCAGGGGAAGACGAAGAUGAGGAUGGAGCAGCAUUUGCGUUAGGUCAAGGAGACGCAGAUAUCAAGAAAGUCAUGCAAGAUGCCACCACGACGUUACUGAAGGAGUGUGUGAUGAGACUGGUCGAGAGAACAUCGGCCUUCAUUAGCGACUCCGUCAAUCUUGGCUCUCGAAAAUCGUGGCGCAACACUUUCGUUCAGAAGUACGUAUACAUCGGCGUUCUAGUGGCCUUGAUACACCACAUACCGCUCUAUUUUAUGAAACUGUGCGGAACCGAACUGCCCGAGACGGUUAUACCCCAACCCGCAACCUCCAAAAUGGAGCAAGUCGAUGAUGGUAUCGACGACGUACCUACCUGUGAAACGUUAUUUGGCGAGAGUGAAAUUUUAGCACAGUGGCAGAGUGAACCGAGAUCACCUGAAACCGCACUGAUGCUGUCUAAGUUGUGUAAAAAUAUGUCCACAACCCACAUUCAAAAUAUGAUAGCCGAUUUCUUGGCGGCUAUGGGCAGUGUGAAGAUCAAAGAAAACACAGAGGAGUGCGCUGCUUUGGUCGCGGGGGCGCAUGCAGCAGCAGAGGCACUUUUAAAGCGACAUGUUCAUCUUCAAGGUGUGGUGCUAUCCGAGAUGGUGCUCAAGAGUGUGUCUACGAGAGAUUGGCUCAGGGGGUCUGAACCGCGAAUGGUGCGAGCUGCUAUCAAACGCUGUGUAGACGAAUUUGCAGAAAUGGAAUUGAUUGUGUCGCAUUACUACGAGUAUGAGAUAGAAGAUGCGAAAACGGAUAUGCGACUACAAGACGUCGCGGCACGAAGGCAAAGUGUCCAACGAUCAGGACGCUUGGGUGCAGGUGUCGAUAUCAACUUGAUGGCCAAUAUACAAAGAUUGUUUGCUGAACGCAUUGUGAUCUUUGGGGAGGUUGAUUUUUCUACACCGUCCAUCAUGACAGGGAUAUUGAAGAUUGUGCUAAAGGCUUUCCAGGAGGGCGUACGAGUGCAGACAUUCGGACAGUUUGGGUAUAAUCAACUCGAAGUAGACUUAUUGUAUCUGAAAGGCAAUCUGUGGCGGUCCUACAUCGAUGACGACAUGGCUGAACAUAUGUACUCAGAAAUAUUAGUGAGUGCAGAAAGACGCUGCUUGAACCCGGUGCCCAUGAAUCGUCAGGUAGCGGCCACGAUCGUGGACGGAUGAUAUUGGCUAAUACGUAAAUAAGCAGAGAAUGGUUGCAACGAAAAUACCUAAUAAACGCUUUCGCGUUUCCAAC